AUGUCGCUGUGGGGGGAGCCGCUGCAGGCCCCGGCGCUCUCGACCUCGCAGCCGCCCCCAGCCGUGCCAGCGGGGCCGCCGCCACCCACCCCGGCCGCCCUGAGCCGCCUGCGGGAGCCGCUGCUGCGGAGGCUCGGCGAGAGCUUGGACCGGGCGCCCGAGGGCCGCGGCUGGAGGAGACUGGCCGAGGUGGCGGGGAGUCGGGGGCGCCUCCGGCUCAGCGGCCUGGACCUGGAGCAGUGUUCUCUCAAGGUGCUGGAGCCAGAAGGGAGCCCGAGCCUGUGUCUGCUGAAGCUGCUGGCCGACAAGGGCUGCACGGUGGCCGAGCUGAGUGACUUCCUGCAGGCCAUGGAGCACACAGAGGCCCUCCAGCUCCUCAGCCCCCCAGGAAUAAAGAUCAUCGUAAACCCAGAGUCGAAGGCAGUCUUGGCGGGACAGUUUGUGAAACUGUGUUGCCGGGCGACUGGCCAUCCCUUCGUGCAAUAUCAGUGGUUCAAAAUGAAUAAAGAGAUCCCGUAUGGAAACUCUCCUGAACUCAUUUUCAGUACAGUCCACGUCCGAGAUUCAGGCUUCUAUGUCUGUCGCGUGAAUAAUAAUUGCACCUUUGAAUUCAGCCAGUGGUCACAGCUGGAUGUCUGUGACAUCACAGAAAUGACCGAAAACUCUCAAAGUAGCUUUGAUGGCGUCUCUGAAUCCACACUGCACAUCUGUGUUGAACCUACGUCGCAGAGGCUGAGGGUGGGCAAAACGUUGGUUCUGCACUGUGUGGCUGUGGGAAGCCCUAUCCCUCACUACCAGUGGUUCCGAAACGAAGCCCCGUUGACAAACGAGACCAAGAAGCUAUACGUGGUGCCGUGUGUGGACCUGGAGCAUCAGGGAACCUACUGGUGCCGCGUCUACAACGAUCAAGACACACAGGACAGCAGGAGGGUGGAAGUCGUGAUAGGAAGAGCCAAUGAGGCAGUGGAGUGCACUGAAGAUGAAUUAAAUAAUCUUGGGCAUUCUGAUAAUAAAGAGCAAACCACUGGCCAACCUUUGGCCAAGGACAAAGUUGCUCUUCUGAUUGGAAAUAUGAACUACUGGGGGCACCCCAAGCUUAAAGCCCCUUUGGUGGACGUGUAUGAACUGACCAACUUGCUGAGACAGCUGGAUUUCAAAGUGGUUUCCCUGCUGGACCUCACUGAGUCUGAAAUGCGCAAUGCUGUCGACGAGUUCCUGCUCCUUUUAGACAGAGGUGUAUAUGGAUUGCUCUAUUAUGCAGGGCAUGGUUAUGAAAACUUUGGAAACAGCUUUAUGGUGCCUGUUGAUGCUCCAAAUCCAUACAGAUCAGAAAAUUGUCUCUGUGUGCAGAACAUACUGAAACUGAUGCAAGAAAAAGAAACGGGUCUCAACGUGUUCCUGUUAGAUAUGUGUCGAAAAAGAAAUGACUAUGAUGACACCAUUCCAAUCUUGGAUGCUCUGAAAGUCACUGCCAAUAUCGUGUUUGGAUACGCCACGUGUCAAGGAGCAGAAGCUUUUGAAAUCCAGCAUUCUGGCCUUGCAAAUGGGAUCUUCAUGAAGUUCUUGAAAGACAGAUUAUUAGAAGACAAGAAAAUCACUGUGUUACUGGAUGAAGUUGCAGAAGAUAUGGGAAAGUGUCACCUUACCAAGGGCAAGCAAGCUCUAGAGAUCCGAAGUAGCUUAUCUGAAAAGAGAGCCCUCACUGACCCAAUCCAGGGCACGGCGUGCACCGCGGAAUCACUGGUGAGGAAUCUGCAGUGGGCCAAGGCACACGAACUUCCGGAAAGUAUGUGUCUUAAGUUUCAGUGUGGUGUUGAGAUUCAGCUCGGGUUUGCAGCUGAGUUUUCCAAUGUCAUGAUAAUCUACACAAGCAUAGUCCACAGACCGCCCGAGAUAGUAAUGUGCGACGCCUACGUCACCGAUUUUCCACUCGACCUGGACAUUGAUCCCAAAGAUGCCAAUAAGGGGACCCCGGAGGAAACCGGCAGCUACUUGGUCUCCAUGGACCUCCCCAAGCACUGCCUGUACACCCGGCUCAGCUCCCUGCAAAAGCUGAAGGAGCACCUCGUCUUCACGGUCUGCUUGUCAUAUCAGUAUUCAGGACUGGAAGAGAUGGUGGAAGAGAAGCAGGAGGUGAACGUGGGGAAGCCCCUCAUUGCCAAGUUGGACAUCCACCGAGGUUUGGGAAGGAAGACAUCCUUUCAAACCUGCCUGAUGUCGAACGGCCCCUUCCAGAGCUCUGCGUCCGCCUCGGGGCCAGCCGGACACUACCACUCAUCCCCAGAGUCCUUCCAUGAUGCUUACCACACCCAUGCGGCUGGCCCUGGUCACGCUGUGCCCAAAGACGGCUGUCACUGCAGCCGGACUCCCGACUCCUUCAUGUCAAGCUUCCACUACUCAUCCCAGUUUGGCAGAAGUAACGUCCCCGUAGAGACAACUGAUGAAAUACCCUUCAGCUUCUCUGAUAGGCUGAGAAUUUCAGAAAAGUGA